GGGAGAGCGGAUAUAGUGAAUGCGGGGUCCGGGGAGAGCGGAUAUAGUGAAUGCGGGGUCCGGGGGGAGAGCGGAUAUAGUGAAUGCGGGGUCCUGGGGAGAGCGGAUAUAGUGAAUGCGGGGUCCGGGGGAGAGCGGGGAUAUAGUGAAUGCAGGGUCCGGGGGGAGAGCGGAUAUAGUGACAUGCGGGGUCCGGGGGGAGAGCGGAUAUUAGUGAAUGCAGGGUCCGGGGAGAGCGGAUAUAGUGAAUGCAGGGAGAGCGGAUAUAGUGAAUGCACGGGUCCGGGGAGAGCAGAUAUAGUGAAUGCAGGGUCCGGGGGAGAGCGGAUAUAGUGAAUGCAGGGUCCGAGGGGAGAGAUAUAGUGAUAUCCGGGGUGAAUGCAGGGAUAGCGGGUGAGAGCGGAUAUAGUGAAUGCAGGGUACCCGGGGGAGCCAGCGGGAUAUAGUGAAUGCAGGGUUCUCUGGGGGA